AUGAAUCUGAAAAAUAAAGCAUUAGACCUUUAGAUUCUAAUUCAAUUGUUAUAUUAAUUAUUAAAUAAUAUUAUUUUCAUGUUAAUACUAAUCUUAAUUUCAUAUGCUUUUUCUUUAAGUUCAGAUUGUUAAUUCAGAAUUAUAACAGAUUGUUUGGAAUUCAAUAUGUUCAAUCUAAAAUACGAAUGUUAAAUCAAAAAUAAUAGAUGCAUUAAAAAAAGAAAUUAGAUAUAGAAUUCUAUAUCCUAAGGAAUAAUUUAAUUAUAAUAAUUAACUUAAGAAGAGAGAUUAGAAUCUAGGAAAGGAAUUCAAAAAAGAAAAUCAAAAGUAAUCAAAAAUUAAUUAUCUGAUGAAUACUCUGAAUAAUUUUUUGGUCCAUCUCUUUCAAUAUCUGGUUCUUAGAGUGGAGAACUUUUUGAUAAUAUUGAACUUGAUAGUUAUUAUUCAUAUGGUAUUUAAGUAUUUGAUUAAUUUCUAGAUUAUCCAACUUUUGAAGAUGAAGAGAGUAGUUUAGAUAUUGAAUUUAUUCCAAAAAAUCCAAUCCCAAACUAACCACCUGGUUUUACUAUAACUCCUGUAUCUAGUAUGUAAUUAAUUGUCUCAAUAUUUUUUAUUUUGCUUUAAUGGAUUCAGCUUUGA